AAGCAUAGAUAUUUGGGAGGGAGAUGGUGUUAAGCACUCAAUGUCAAUGAAAUAGAAUUGGUUUUCUUCUCUCUCUCUCCGUUUUAGUAAGUACUUAAUGGAGUAAAUCUUCCAUUUUAUUUCUUAAGAACACAUAUGGAAGCCCAAGAAUACUAUUAUCAGGUGCAAUUUCUUUUAAUGACUUGUGCAUUUAUCCCAUAUUCUCUCAUUAAUAGAGUUCAUUAAUGGAGUUCAUUUAAAGCCAUUGUGUAAUAAUGUCAUUAACCCAAUGUUCUACUUAAUUAAUAACAUAUUUACCAACUCAGUAACAUAUUUACCAACUCAGUAAUUUAUUAAUGAAGUUGAAGACAAGUGCAAGAGGUUAUCUUUCAUGUGUGUGCGUGUUCUUUAAAGAUUGACAAUAAUUUGAGGUGUUCUAGUCAUUUCAUUUUCAUUGAAAUUUAUUGCAUUGUAAUAAAUUGAGUUGUGUAGUAUUUAUUGAGCAUUAAUAUUUUUUGAAUAAUUUCUUGCUUUAUUUAUCUCUUACUAAAUGAGUAACUUUUCCAAUUAAAAGAGAGAGAAACAGCAUUUUAAAAUUGAGGUGUAUAUUAAUCACAAAUAAAAUUAAAUACCGUGAAAUUCACUUAUUAUUUCUAUUUUUUUCUAGAUUAUAAAAAAAUGUUUAUAUUAAAUAAUUAUAAAGAAAUCAUUAUCAUAUUUUGAAAACUAAAAAAUAAAUCUUCCAUAAAACCAGCAAAACAUUCUGAUUCUAGUCUAAUAGAAUAGAAUUAAAUAUAAAAGGAAUUGUUGUUGGAACAAAUAGCUAUGCCGUUUUCUUUGUAAGCCACAGAUAAACAUGCGAGCGCGUGGCUAUUACAACAGUGAAGUUGUAUUUCAGAGUUGUCUUCGUAACUGCUGGGAGUAAAGGUGUUUCCAUGUAUGGGAGAGGGCAGCCCUGACUGCCAAAGCAGGAAGAAACUGCCAGUUUAGAAACAUGAUAAUCAUGACAAUGAGAAUGAAAUGCCACCUUCAAACUGAAACGCUCGUUAUCUCCUGUGCUACUCUUGCUCAGAAACAAACCCAAAUGAUACUGCUCUGAAGACUGACACAUUGCUUAGGAGUGUGGAGGGGUCGCUGCUAUAAAUAGAGGGGUGUGGCACUUCAACUUUCACACAACUGCCUUCUUCUGGCUUUCCUUGCUUUCUUCAAGUUUUCUCUCAGGGCAAGAAAAUGGCGGAGACUGAUGUCAGGAAACAAAUCAAGGACUACGUCCAGACCAUGCAUGAGCAGGGUAUAUUGGACCACAAUUUUGAGAAUGUGCAAAAUUUGCAGGGUGAAGAAAAUCCUCACUUUGUUCUGGAUAUCAUCGACAUAUUCUGCCGUGAUGCAGAAAUUUGCAUAGAGGAUAUGACCAAAUCUGUGGAUGAGCCUGUUGUAGACUAUGCCAAGGUGACUGGUUUUAUCCACCUACUGAAGGGAAGUAGCUCAAGCGUCGGUGGCUGUCGGAUUGUCCUUGCCUGUCGUGAGCUUCGAAAAGCUACUGAAAGCAAAACGAAGGAAAGGUGUGUUGAAGCCGUCAACAACAUCAAACGUGAAUUCUUCACUGUGCGUGACAAUCUCAAUGCCAUAGCUAAGAUGGAGAGGUCAAUCCGUACUGAUGAUGCCAUGACGGGCAUCUUCUGAAGAUCUGGUAGUAUUUGUGCCGUCAGCGCAUCAACUGAAUAUCGAACUUUCUGUUAAGCCUUAAGUAAUAAGUUCACUAUAUGUGAGCAUGGUGUCUGUGUGAGAGUGGUCAAGUGUCUUGUUUGUUCUGUUAUCUGUUUUCAUCAGUGCUGUCUGUAUCAGCUACUGUUAUAAAAAUAUAAAACUGUUUCCUUACCUUAUUAUAUAAGAGGUUUGGAUAAUUAUUUUA